UACGUCAAAAUUCAUUAGUAGUAGGUAGGAAAUCAAAAUAUUUCGUUUUCGUAAAUGUACCUAUGAUGGGUAGAAAACAGCUGUUUGUAGAUUACAUCUUGUUUUGUUAUUUAUAAAAUAGCUGCGUACAUUAAAUAAGGUAUUUUUGUAUAUAUUUCGUUGGUCAUGUUAGUAAUUUGUAAUUGUUUUAGUGUUGUUCUUGAAAAUGAAACAAAGGACUCGACUCUUGAACGGCGGUGAUGACAUAUUGACAGAUAUGAAUGGAACUAUGAACGACGAUAUUAACUAUAAUGGCCAGAUUCAACUACAUAGAAUAAAGCCACAAGACCACUUCAUUGAGGCGCAAGUACAAGUGGGGGAUACUUUACAAGCGAUUGCUCUGCGUUUCCAUUGUUCAAUUUCAGAAUUGAAGAGGAUAAAUCACAUACACAAAGACAAUGAGAUAUUUGCAAGAAGAACAAUUAAAAUACCAGUCACACCUUACUCUGUUCUCACAGAGCUUAUUCCGAUACAACAAGAAACUGUGCCUACAUCAUCAAAUAAUGCUCGUACAACUCUUACAAUGGAUAAUCCACUUGAAGAUCUUGUACAGAACAAAAUAACACCAGGAAAGCAUGAAAACCAAGACAUUGAUUUUGCAAUAGACUGCAAUACAGUUGUUAUGAACAGUACAUUGGCUCCAUCUAUAACCCCAUAUACAGAUGUAGAACCAACAGAACCUAUUUCAGAAGAUACACAGCUCUUACCAAACAAAGAAAAAGUUUCUAUUGAAGCUGUUGUUGUCAAGCAAUUGACAUCUCAAGGAGCAGAUUUUGGUUUGAAAUGGUUUCAUUUAUUGUGUUUUGUGCUUGUUCUUGGUGUGGUAACACCAAUUGUGUAUAUACUGUUCUAUUUGGAUAAACCGGAACAUACCGAAGUGCCUUCAUUGCAUCCAACAUGAUUUCUAUUUAUAUAUUCAUCUUAGAACUUUUUUACGAUAUUUUGUAUAAAUUUGUAUUUUAAGGAAAUUAAUGUGUGAUUUUAUAAUACAAUGAUUAUACUGUAAGACCACUCAACAA